ACCAAGCAUUGUUCUUCGUUUCAAUUUUUCAAAACAACAAAAUCUAAAAAACAUAAAAAAAAAAACUAAAAUUAUCCUUUUAUAUUUAAUUUUUUAUUAUUAUUCUAUUUUUCUUUGGUUCCUUCUCCUUCGCUUCUUCUGCGGAAUUCUCUCUCCUAUGGCUUCUCCAGUAAUCUAAAUUUCUCUCUCUAAAGUUCUCUCUGAAACUCUUCCUUUUCCUUGUUUUAAACGACAUCGCUUAUACAUUGGCGAUCUGUUUCUGUUUCUUGCUUCCUUAGAUGUUUUUGACGCUUUGGUUUUGGAAGCCCACCCUGGUUUUUUAUCUAUGGGGCAUCAUUUAAGCUGAGUGUAAAGAGAAUGGACCAAGCCACUAAGUUCAACUCUUUGACUGGAAUUCUAUUGGAGGUCUCUUAGACUCGUUGGUUUUAGAUGAUACGAGCUGGCCGCAGCUUGUAGAAGCUGCAUGUGAGAAUGUUGAUAAUUUUCUGGCUGAUAUUCAAUCAUUCUUACAAUGAGAAGUCUGUUCCUGUCAACAUCAUACAUUUCAUGCUACAGUUUAGCACUAAACCGUAUAUGCAAGCUAGUGAUCAAGUCUAUGUCAAUACAGUAGACACCUCUAUUUGGAGGUUGUUAGAAGUACAUUGACAAAUUGUUGAUUGUAAUUUGCUGCAACUGCAAUAAUGGAAAGGUAUAAAAUUUUGGAGGAGCUUGGAGAUGGUACUUGUGGUAGUGUGUUCAAAGCCUUCAAUGUAGAAACAUUUGAGAUUGUUGCUGUAAAGAAAAUGAAAAGAAAGUUCUACUUUUGGGAAGAGUGCAUGAAUUUACGAGAAGUUAAGGCCCUUCGUAAGCUAAACCAUCCUAAUAUUGUAAAGUUAAAGGAGGUUGUCAGGGAAAACAAUGAACUAUUCUUCAUUUUUGAGUACAUGGAAUAUAAUCUUUACCAAAUCAUGAGAGAGCGACAAAGACCUUUUACAGAGGGGGAGAUACGGAGCUUCAUGUCUCAGAUGCUGCAAGGACUUGCUCACAUGCAUAGAAAUGGAUAUUUUCAUCGAGAUUUGAAACCUGAGAACCUGCUGGUGACAAAGGAUGUUCUCAAAAUUGCUGACUUUGGACUGGCUAGAGAAGUAUCAUCAAUGCCUCCUUAUACAGAAUAUGUUUCCACACGGUGGUACCGUGCUCCGGAAGUUUUAUUGCAGUCCUCCUCUUACACUCCUGCAAUUGAUAUGUGGGCUGUUGGUGCGAUAUUAGCAGAGCUUUUCACUUCAUCUCCUAUUUUCCCUGGUGAAAGUGAAAUAGAUCAACUGUACAAGAUAUGCUGUGUUCUGGGUGCACCAGAUUGGACUUCUUUCCCUGAAGCAACAAACAUCUCUCGUCUAAUCAAUAUUAGCUAUUCCGAGAUUUUACCUACCAACCUAUCAGAUAUCAUUCCCAAUGCGAGCUCAGAGGCUGUUGAUUUAAUCAUGCAACUUUGCUCAUGGGACGCAUUGAGGAGGCCAACAGCAGAUCAGGCAUUGCAGCAUCCUUUUUUUAAUGUGGAUAUGUGGGUUCCUCAUCCACUGCUGCAUGAUCCACUUGAGUUGAGGCUAAACAACAUGGGGGCGGAGCCAAAUCUUGAGUUGAAUCUAUGGGAUUUCGACACUGAACCUGAUGACUGCUUUCUGGGCUUGACACUUGCAGUAAAACCAAGUGUUUCAAACUUGGAGGUGGUACAUAAUGUCUCUCAAGGUAUGGAAGAGGAUAUACUGUUUUGCCCUAGGCUGAAAGAUCAUCCAGACCAAUCAGUUUUUUGGUCAUUACUUACUCCUGAUCAAAGUGGAAUUCACACACCAGUUGAAUCCUCCCUAUCUCUGUCAUUCAGUUCGAUUCAGCAUCCACCAAUUGGAGUUCCGCAAUCUGCUGGGUUUGCAAUCGCAUCAUUGCAGCCCAACCUCUUAGAACGUCAAUUGUUGGCUGCAUCCUCCCCCUUCCAGCAUGGUCAUUACCUCUGACUGAGUUGAUUGGUUAAUCUAAUAAGGGGUUGUAGAAAACAUUUGUAUUUAUUUCAUUUGUUUAUUGUAAAGUUCCAUUUAGCACUCUCAUAGCCUGCUAUUGUUGUCUAAUUUAGCUGCCAGCCAGCAUUGGCCAGGCAAAAUUGGUGUCCUGGGAAAGCUCCCGGGUCUAUAAGUUUUUCAGAUUUCAAUUUCAAUUUUCAUUAUAGGAAAGUGUACUCUUACAGUCUGGUGGUGGAACAUCCAUCGUGGUUAAUGUACAUUUUCUUCGGUGCGGA